AUAAUCUUAUGCCUGCCAUUGUUUAGGAAGAUAGCCAACUAGCUUCUUACCCACUUUAAGUUCAGAGCCGGUUUCCAACACUGAUAAACAACAUAGAAAUAAAUGGAUCGGUAGGCCUGUUUAAAUGGUUUACGUUUAUUUUGUAGCCACUAAGCGCUUAAGCCGAUGUUAAACACGCCAGCUGUUCUUAAUGUGCCAUGAUUCUAGCUAGCUAGCUAGCUGCCUUGCCCUUACUUGCUAAACUUAAAAGACGUUUUUACAUCGUCCCAGACAAGAAUAAGCCCCUUUAAUAUCACUGGUAUAUACGAUAACUCAUUGUUUUAAUCUAGUUAUGGUUUUGUAUGAAUUUACUAUCCAGCAUCAAGACGCUAAGUACAUGGUUACUGGUUCUUUAGCGGAGUUUUAAUAGAAAACUCUGUAGAUGGUGAAGAUGGUCAGUUUCAGGAGUAAAGUUUGGUGUGGGGUAGAAAAGGGUUGUCGUCACUUGCCCAUCGUGCUCAAUACAACUCUGGUGUUCUCCAUCACGGCCGAAGUGAGCUAUCUGGUGUUGAUGGAAGCCCCAUUGGAGCCAUCACAGAAGGACACUGAGUGGUCUGCUCACUGGAAGACCAUUCAUCUGCUUGCCCAGUACUUCAUGCUGGGAAGUAUAACAUGGAAUGCCUCUCUGUUCGUUAAAACCAGCCCAAGUAUUCGUGGUGUGUUUCUUAGUGGUUUUAAUGUGGGGCAGGGUUGGAGGUACUGUUACACCUGUGAGACACACACUCCUCCACGAUGCUCACAUUGUUAUGACUGCAAUGUGUGUAUCCUACGUCGGGAUCACCACUGCGUCUUCUUCGGCCAGUGUGUGGGCUUUCGCAAUUACCGCUACUUCCUGAGCUGCCUGCUGUUUAUGUGGGCUGGUCUGCUCUAUGCUGUGGUGAUGAAUGCUGAGGUCUUCAUUGUCAUCUUGAAGGAAGGUGUUACUUUACACAGCAUCAUGCUACUCAUGGUGCCAUGGAUUAUGUUGGUCACUGGUCAGGUGACAGUGCAAGCCUUCACCUUUGCCUUCAUUGCUGACACCUGCGUGGUGGGUUUCUUGCUGGUCUCUGCUUUCCUCUUUUUCCAUGUGGGGUUGAUGUUGAGAGGCCAAACGACGAGGGAAUGGUAUUCAACCAGGCGGCCGUACAAUCUCGGGUUGCAAAACAACAUCCGUGAGUGCUUGGGUGAACACUGGUACAUCUGCUGGCUUUGUCCUCUCAUCCCCUCCACCCUGCCUGGUGAUGGCAUCAACUUCAGAGUCACUGGCUCUCUUGACCCCAUGAAGUGAAGGCUUAUACAAUCUAGCUGUAAAUCUGAACAGAUUGGGAUGUUCUUAAUUUUCUACAAAUGGAUGCAAUUAAUUUGAUCUGAAAAAAGAAUUUUCUAAUUUUAGAAAAAUAUGUUGUGGAGACAAGGUCAUAAGCAGUCCAGACGGUUGUGCACAGCUAUCCAUACUAAUAUCAUGCCAGAGCUAUAGGUAAUGUGAAACCAGGCAUGGAUUUUAUUCAUGAGUAAUUAUUGAAUAAAUAUUGAGUGAAUAUUCAACCAGCUAACAUUAAACAAGUACCAGCUAUUUUUGCAUCUUGGGGACCAGCAAGAAAUCUUCAUUUAUUUUUCACAAGUUAUUUUGCCAAAUAAGUUUAUAUCGAAAGCGUUUAUAGUUCAUUGUUGUUUUUUAGAUUGUCCUGUGACGUGAAUGUUGCAUUUAAUGCAUUUAUAUGAUUUUCCCAGUACAUUGUAAUUCUUAUAUAGAUCAAACAAAUGAUAUUAUAGUGACAGGAGUUUGUCUUGGAUGCACUAUAUUUUUAUUUACCAGUCAUUGUGCCAAAUACCAUGUUGAAAUCUGUAUGCCAAGGUAUUACUGUUUACUCUUCUGAGUUAAGAGUCAAUACACCAUUUACCAUUUAAGGGUUAUGUUAGAGUUUACCCAGAGAAACAAUAUCAUUCAACUGUUACAAGCUCUGAGCAUGAUGUGCGCAGGUUUAUAAUUACAGCAUGUGAUAAUUUGUUCUAUGCUGUAAAAUAUUACAUCUUACUUGAAUAAUAAUGCAUGCAUGUAGCAUUCAUUCUAUCAAAUUCAUCAGCAUUUGUUUCAUAAAAUUUGAGUUUCUAAAGAUACAUAAUCAACAUUACCAUAAUAAGCAGGAAGACCAUCAUUCAUUUUACACUAUUAACUUUUGAUGCGAAAUCACUCCAACAUGCUGAAUCAAUAAUUAUUAAAUUCAUUUAUAGACUCCUCAAGUAAUGGCAUGCUGACCAGAGGCCCUUUCAAAGACACUUAAAUAAAAUAAAAUGUGAA